UUUGAUUUCCCUUUUCUCCUUUUCUUUUCUCAUGAUUUUCUCCGUUAAAAAAAAACAGAGGCAAAUAAUGUGACGAGAAGCUUAUACGGCACACAAGUGGACCGUUUCUUGUUGUCUUCGACAGCUAAGGCAGUUAAAUUCAUCCCAUAUUCAUUCUCCAGGUCGAGGUAAAAAGCUUUCUCCUUUGAAAUUAUUUCUCACCUUCAACAUGGUUACGAGCAGGAAAGAUUCGUAGAAGGAGAGAAAAAUGUUCUACUCACGGAAUUUUCUAUCGAGAAAAGGCCCUCUAGGCUCCAUAUGGGUUGCUGCUUACUGCUUCAAAAGGCUUAAAAAAACUCAAGUUUUUCAGACUGACAUUUCUUCCUCUGUUGAUGAGAUUUUGCAAAAUGAAUUUGAUGCUGUGACAUAUAGAGUUUUGGCAUACCUUCUUCUUGGUUUGGUCAGGAUAUACUCCAAAAAAGUUGAAUUUCUGUUUGAUGAAUGCAAUGAUGUGUUAAUUAAGAUUAAUGACUUUUUGGUUGGUGAAAAAGGCAAGUCAUGGAAAGGAAACUCGCGUUUACCAUUAUAUGCUAUUACUGUACCAGACAGGUUUGAGCUUGAUGCUUUUGAUCUGGAGAUUAUUGAAGAUGUUGGUCGAGAGAAUGUGAUGGCUCUUGAAGAAAUCACACUUAAAGAUGGAGCCUCAAAAGCAGUAGAAAUGCAGAAGUACUCUCUGGGAAAGUAUCCUUUUGAGGACCUUCUUGCCUGCCAUGACACUUUUUCCACUGAUCAUCUUCCAGCUGAAGACAACUUAAAAGGAAGCAUGGGGAAGCUUCAAGGCAAUAUAUUCCGUCUUGAAGAACGGGUAAACCUGGAUACAUUUUCUGUGACUGAAGGAGAUGCUUCAAACCCUAUCAUACCAUUUGGAGAGCAGGCUUUAGAAAUCACACAGUCAGAGAAUGAAGUGCAAGGAGAUCUCGGCUCAGAGAUGCUUCUGGAUGAGAGGUUCCAUGAAGUUGGAGAAGAACCUCUAGACCUUAUUAAUUUAUAUGGUGAAGACCGUCAAUCUGAUGGAGUGCUGACAGAUCUUCCAGGUUUGCCUCAGUUGGAAAAAGAGACGUGCUUGGCUAGUAAUGAAGACAAUAAUUUAUGUAACUUACAAGCAAGCACGGAGAAGCUUCUAGACCAGGCAUUGUGUGUAGAAGUAUCUGUAGAUGUUGAAAUGUUUAGUAGGUCUAAGGAACCUUUAGAAUUAAUCAAAUCAUCUGCUGAAGACCAUCCAUUGGAUGGAGAGCUGACAAGUCUUCCAGGUUCGGCACAGUUGGCAAAAGAGUCAUCCUUGGUUGUAAGUGAAGACAGUAAUUUAAGUAACUUACAAGCAAGCACAGAGAAGCUUCUGGACCAGAGAUCGUGUCAAGAAGUAUCUGUAGAUAUUGAAAUGUUUAGUAGGUCAAAGGAACCUUUGGAAUUAAUUAAGUCAUCUGGUGAAGUGCAUCACUCUAAUGCAGAGCUGAUGAAGUCCAAGGAAAUGUCAUUGCCAGGAAAUGAUAAAUGUCAGUUAAUAAAGAGAAAGGAUCCACUGUCAAUUACAGUGGAUGCAACUCAAUCCAAGUUCCUUAAUGCUCCAGGAGUUAGUACACCAGGGCCUAUGGUUGUUCACACCCCAGCAACUAAGGAGCGUGCUCAGAUUUCGAAAAGAAGAAAAUGUUGCUUUGAUGAUGUUACAGUGUUUCCCAAUCAUCUAAUCAGGCAACAUAUAGAAGAUGCAAGUGACUUGGUCUCGAAACGGAGAAAAGUUCAUACUGGUCUCACUGCCUGGAAAGCCUUGCGGAUAUCUGAUCUUUCACGGGGUUUCUCCAUUCCUUUGCUGCCUUGUAUUUCUUCAGAACUUAAAUCCCUUUUUUGCCAAGAGAGAUUGAAGGUUGCAGGGAUUGCUGAAACAGUGGAGGCUUUAGAACCAGAAUGUCCUGCUGUUGGUAUAUCAAUGGAGCGACUGGCUCUUGCUCCAGAAACACCUGAGGCUAAAUCUUUAAAGCAAAUGGUUGUUGCCCCAGAAACACCUGCAGCUAGAUCUAUAGAGAAAAUGGUUGUUGCUCCAGAAACAGCUAUGUCUAGAUCUUUGGAGCAAAUUGCUCCAGAAACAACUACAGCUAGAUCUUUGGAGCAAAUUGCUCCAGAAACACCUACAGCUAGAUCUUUAGAGCAAAUUGCUCCAGGAACACCUACAGCUCGAUCUUUAAAGCAAAUAGUUGUUGAUCCUGAAACACCUAGCAGAUCUGAACAGAUGCCUGUUGCUUCAGAAAUACCCAUAUUACAGUUAGUGGCUUCAACACCAUCUGAUACUCCAGGAAGCCUCAAAGAUUCUCGCUCAGAUACAGUAAAACCUGCUCAGUCAUUUCAGAUUACGGAGGAGCCGUCGUCAAGCAAGGAUCAAGGAUUCAACCCCAUUUUGAUGAUCGAGGAAGCAAAUUUUUUUGACGAUGAUGACCAUGAACUGCAUGAAUUCUCUGCUAGAACCAGAAUGGUGGCUGGGUACUUGCAUAGAAGCUUUCUGUACCACAAGAAUAGAAGUGAGGAUGAAGCAGUUAAUUUUUUUCAUCUUUCGGAAGGAAAAACCAAGAAAGAAAGUGCAAGGCUUUUUUAUGAGAUACUAGUGCUGAAAAGUAAGGGGUUUGUGGAUGUGAGGCAGGAUGAAGCUUAUGGUGACAUUCUUGUCCAAAAAGUUCCGCAAUGGGACCAAAGUUAUGAAGCUGUCUGUCUGUAAAUCUGCCAAGUGCCUGAGUUUUAAGUGUACAGAAAGAGAAUUCUUAUAGAUGAGAUCCUUAACAUGUUAGAUUAGAGAGUAAUGGGAUGUAGUUUUAGUUUCCUUUGUAAAUUUUGGGAGUGAAGCGAAAAUGUUUGACUGUUGACAACAAGGUGUUGUUUUGUAGAUUAGUCUAAACAUUAAAUCAGUAGUGGGAUGUAGUUUUAAUCUUGAAAAUUUUUCUUAUAUCAAUAUUUGAUUUUUUUUUUUAA